CUGCGCGGCCGCGCAUGGUACGAGUCACUUGGCAGCCCGAAACACAUCGUCGCGCCUAUGGUCGAUGGUUCUGAAUAUGCAUGGCGAGUCUUAUCACGGCGCUAUGGCGCUACACUCUGCUACUCUCCCAUGAUGCACGCAAAGAACUUUUCCAUGUCAGCGAAAGCGCGUAAGGGGUUUUGGAGUUCUAUGCAGACCGCCAAGGAAGAGAAGCUCAUUGUUCAGUUCUGCGCAAAUGAACCUGAGGUCUUGCUACAGGCCGCAAAGGAAGUCGAGCCGUAUGCAGACGGUGUUGAUAUCAACUUUGGCUGCCCGCAGGGAAUCGCAAAACGGGGUAGGUAUGGUGCUUUCCUUCAAGAUGAAUGGGAUGUGGUAUACAAUUUGAUCAAUAUCUUGCACAAGAAUCUAUCGAUUCCUGUCACUGCCAAGAUACGCAUCUUUGACGAUCGGGAAAGAACGCUCGCUUAUGCGAGAAUGGUUUUGAGUGCAGGUGCCAAUAUCCUCAGCGUGCACUGCCGUACGCGUGAACAAAAGGGGCACCACGCAGGAUUGGGUGACUGGUCAGUGCUCAAAUACCUGAGGGAAAAUUUGCCUGCUGAGACUGUUCUGUUUGCAAAUGGAAACGUCCUCUAUUACGAGGAUAUCGACGCAUGCUUGAAGUAUACUGGAUUCGAUGGCAUGAUGGUGGCAGAGACGAAUUUGCACAACCCAGGCAUCUUUAAACCAAAUUGCUACCCUCGUGUGGAUGAAAUGAUGAAGGAGUAUUUGGAUCUGCUGGUUGAACUGGAUGACGACACAAGCUGGCUGCCUGUCAAGGCCCAUCUCUUCCGGCUGGCAAAACCGGCAUUGAUGCACCACAUUGAUUUACGCGAUCGCCUCGGUCGAGUCUAUGGCAAGAAGAACAUGGAAGAACUCUGGGCCAUUCACAAGGAGCUCAAAGAGCGUAUCGAUGCUGAGAUUGCGUCAGACACCGGCGAGUAUCCUCUUGUUGAUGGCUACCGGAACAUUCCCUGGUAUCGUUGCCAACCAUACUAUCGU